AAUGAUGGAGGCGGGAUUUCCGGCGCCGUGUGUGCGGGAUUGUGACGGGAGAAAAACACGGCGCGAGCCGACUGAGGCCAACGGUCACUCGCGAGACAGCAGAGCGCGCGAGGGGAUAGUGGGACUGUGCAGCUGGAGAGGAGUACCGAGUCUCUCACACACAGAGAGGGGGGUGGGUGAAACGGGUCGAGACUGGUGUGAAGGCAGUUCAUUUUUUUUGAAGGGGUUGUCUUCGAAGAAGAUCCCGUUGGGGUUUGGGACCCACCCUCGCUCUCAGUUGUUGCCUUGUUGUGCUGAUGAUCCGAAAGCUGUGUUCAGGGUCCGGGCUGGGGCUGGGCGGUCGCUUCGGGGGUGUUCGCCUCUCCAGGCGGUUCGUCUUCCUGAUCUUGCUCAGUGCCUUGGUCACCGUGUGCUUCGGGGCCAUAUUCUUUCUGCCGGAUUCCGUUCGCAUCCGUCGCUUCUUCUUGCUGCCCUCCGAGCCGCAGCGUACGGACAGUGCAGGGAGUGGACUGGGGAUGGCAGUGGGAGCGGAGUCGGGGGCCGCUGCGGGCUCCCGGUACAGGCAGACGGAAACGCGCGUUGGUCCCGCUCGGCGAAAACAGAAGGAAAAAUUCGGCAAGGAGUCGGUGUCGCCGCAGAUCCGCCGGGAGGUAACGGAAAGACAGCACAGCCUUCGGGAUUCAGAGAACGGGGCAGAGGUACUGGAUGCCAGCAACAUCCGCUAUCAGCCACUACCGGAGGCAGGAACAGAGCUGGCAGAUCAAGACGUGAGGAGCCACCGGGAGAAAGUCAAAGAGAUGAUGAAGUUUGCUUGGGAUAACUACAGGCAAUAUGCAUGGGGGACCAAUGAGCUCAAACCAUUGUCGAAGAGUGGACAUGCAAGUGGCUUAUUUGGAGGGCUUCUGGGAGCUACAAUUGUGGACUCUUUGGACACACUGUACAUUAUGGGUCUUCAGGAGGAGUUUGCAGAAGCCAGAGAAUGGGUGGAAAACAACUUGGACUUUAAUGUGAAUGGAGAAGUGUCUGUCUUUGAGGUAACCAUACGUUUUGUUGGCGGGCUGCUGUCAGCAUAUUACCUAACGGGCGAUGAGUUAUUCAAGAUGAAAGCAAUUGAAUUGGGAGAGAAGCUAUUACCGGCAUUUAACACUCCAACAGGCAUCCCCUGGGCCUUAAUAAACCUCCGUAGUGGAGUUGGUCGGAACUGGGGCUGGGCCUCAGGAGGAAGUAGCAUUCUAGCAGAGUUUGGCACUUUACACCUAGAGUUCGUGCACCUGAGUGAGGUGUCGGGCGAUCCAAAGUUUGCUGAAAAGGUGAUGAAAAUCCGGAAAGUUCUGAAUCGGUUAGAAAAACCUCAUGGGCUUUACCCCAACUAUCUAAGCCCUGUUACUGGUCACUGGGGACAGCAUCAUGUUUCCAUUGGUGGGCUUGGGGACAGCUUCUAUGAAUAUUUGAUCAAAACCUGGCUUAUGUCUGACAAAACAGACGAGGAGGCCAAAACUAUGUAUUAUGAGGCUUUACAGGCUAUAGAGACAAAUCUAGUAAGAAAAUCUGCCAGUGGUCUGACAUAUAUUGCAGAAUGGAGGGGUGGGAUACUGGACCAUAAGAUGGGUCACUUGGCCUGUUUUUCUGGAGGGAUGUUAGCAAUGGGAGCUGAUGAUGCACCAGCAGACCUGUCUAAACAUUACAUGGAAUUAGCAGCAGAAAUCACCAUCACUUGCCAUGAGUCAUACAAGCGUUCAGCCACCAGACUUGGUCCUGAAGCAUUUCGUUUCGAUGGUGGUGCAGAUGCUGUUGCAACAAGAAUGAAUGAUAAGUAUUACAUCCUGCGACCUGAAGUGGUUGAAACCUACAUGCACAUGUGGAGAUUUACCCAUGACCCCAGAUAUAGAGAAUGGGGCUGGGAGGCAGUGCAGGCUCUGGAGCAGCACUGUCGAGUAGAUGCAGGAUUUUCUGGGAUAAGAGAUGUGUACAACACCUUGCCACACCAUGAUGACGUACAGCAGAGCUUUUUUCUUGCAGAGACAUUAAAGUACCUUUAUGUGCUGUUCUCUGAAGAUGAACUGCUGUCUCCAGAACACUGGGUAUUUAACACAGAGGCCCAUCCUCUGCCUGUGAUACAAAAGAACACACAGGAACAAGUGAUCACACAUGAUCAGUAAACAGAUAUACCCUGAAGAAGGGUUAACCUUUAUCAGUCUUUUGGGUUGAGAUGCAUUUCCUUUCCAGUAAAGGACUUUUAUCGAUUUAGAUAGAAAUGGGUUAAGAGUCAGCAGUGUAAUCGAUGUGUUGUGGUAUUUGAUCUGUCUGGACACAUUGAUUUCCUCUGUGAGGAGAUGAGUAGCCCUUUUGGCUGCUUGUAGUGGGCCACAUUUGAAAGUAAAUUCUCAAAUAUAUUACCUGUCCACAAGGCUUGAUUGAGGGAGAAUGCAAAGAUCAAUUUGAGACUCUUCUUUCUGACCAAAGGAUUAAAAUUCAUAAGUGUA